AUGAUUGACUCACCGGAGAGAAUCUGGAAUGCCGAUGAGACUGGCUUUUCCAUGGGAAGCAAGGCGAGUACAGUGGUUGGACCAACCAGGAGAGGCAGCACUUCUUCACAGGUGCCACAUGCAUCUGGAGGAUCAAGCAAACAACGGUCCACGGUGAUGCUUUGUGGAUGUGCCGACGGCAGGAUGAUGCCUCCAUUUUACGUAUAUCCGGCUCCUAAACCAAGGGGCUAUAAUCCGUUGUCAGGUGUACCUGAAGGGAGUUCAUUUGAUUAUACCAAAAAGGGUUGGAUGGAUGCAAUUGCUUUACGAGCCUUUGUGCAGCACUUUGAUCUGCACUGUGGGAGGGAAAGGCGUGUGGUCCUUCUGAUCGAUAGCAUAAGUAGUCAUGUGGAUUUCCAAGCUUUCCAGGAUGCUAAGGAAAGGGGCACUGAGUUGUACAGAAUUAAAGCCAAUGCUACACAUGUUAUGCAGCCUCUCGACAAAGGAUUGUUUUGGCCCUUAAAGACACGAUGGAACCAGGUAGUUAGGAAGCACAGCCAAGAGCACCCAGGUUUGUCCAUUGGAAAGGAAACAUUUGCUGAGAAACUGCAGGAGGCUUUUCUCUUAUUCUAUAAGCCACCCACAGUCAUUAAUAGUUUUCGAUCUUCUGGCAUCUUCCCGGUUGACAGCUCUGUCAUCACAUUGGAUCAUGUGAAACCUGUACUCACAUUUGCAGUCUGUGAGGAACAUGAAGGACCUAGCUCCAACGCGACCACUGUAACCCAAACACACAGUAUAUCGGAUGAGAACACAGGUGCUGCUAUGGCCUUAAGAUCCCUGGAAGAUGCUUUGUCAACACCAUUAAGGGAGAAGUACCAGAAACGUAUCCAGGAGGGAUAUGAUGUAGUUGGGCUGUCUCCAUUAUUUGACACUUACAAGAAACGUUAUGAUAAGUCAUGCAUGAAGACUACCAGUAUCCUUGAUGCAACCUGA